GAACUAACAGUGAGUGCUCUGUCCUGAAGUACAGCUGCAGUGCUUUUGCAGUGUCAAAGGGAGAGAGACCUGACUCCUGAGGAAGGAUUAGGCUGACAGGUACAUGGGCAGCUGAGCCAAUCUAGCAGCUUGCUUUGUGAUGAAAGAAAUAGCAAUUUUAUGCUGCCGGCUGCAACGGGUCCUGUGUUUGUUCCACCCCUGAUGGGCAGCUUCCCUUUAAGCUGGGUUAGUCCAUUUCUUGGUUCAUGAUGGGUCUGAGCACAAGAGCCCGCACAAACCUGUGGGUGCAGUGUGCUGUGGGAAGGGAGGGAUGGGAGAACUUCUGGAAGCUGUAUCUGUUCCUGUUGUGCUUUAUAGCAAAUUCUACUAUAUUUGAUUCUACUGAUCUUGUGUAAAUACAAGACUGAAGUGACAACCAAAUUUACUUUUUUUUCCCCCAGGUCUGUCAUCCCUCAUGAGUACUUGGAAGUGUUUGGGCUCAAUUUGAGCCCUUUUAUUUUAUUUUUAAUAGAAUUCCUUGUAGAAUGAGUAACUGCAGUAAAGAAUUGAAAUAAUAGAUUUCUACCACUGCACUGAAGUUAGCACUGUAGCUUCAACUUGCACUAUAUGAAAACAGUUCAGUUUGUUUCCUUGUAAGUGUAACAUUGCAAGCUAUUUGGUAUGAGUCUUCUAUAUUUUCUACAGAGAAGGAAUUCUGUGGUGCUGAUUGAUCAAAGAGGAAUUCAGGUCGUUGACAUAAUUUAAUCGAAAACCAGCCCUAAAAACCUAUGAACUCGACUCCAUGCUGGACAAACAAAACAUGUUAACUUGCUGGUUUAUUACUCUAGUAGCUGCCAAUGGCUUCUGUGGUUGAAGUACAUGGAGAUUCAACCUAAAACAUACCUAAAUUAUAAUUUAUGAAUUUUAUCUUGGUACAUAUGGGAUGCAGGAUUUAAGGUUAUCCUGACUUGCCUAGUUAGAUGCUUGGGAUUGCUGUUGGACAAUUGUCCUUGUGGAGCAGGUUACGCUAACAGAUCUUGAGCUAAGAAUUAGAUAUUACUGUAUUGUGGUACAGUUCCUGUAUAAAAAGUCUUUGCCUUUCAUGCUCUCAGAUCCAGCAACUCUAGACAAGAGCUGUAGUCUUGUUUUGGGCUAUACUUUUUACCCAGGGUUCCAGAAAGCUUCAGUUUGUUUAACCUGUUGUUUGUGUUCUUCUAUAAUUUCUUCACAGGAUUGAGUGGGACAAACUUCUGGAGAAUGUGCAUUGUUUGAUCAUAAGUGUGACAAAAACUGACAAGCAGGAAGCUUAUGUACUCAGUGAGAGUAGCAUGUUUGUCUCCAAGAGACGUUUCAUUUUGAAGACGUGUGGUACCACCCUCUUACUGCAAGCACUGGUUCCCCUGUUGGAGCUUGCUAGGGAGUACAGUGGGUUUGACUCAAUUCAGAGCUUCUUUUAUUCACGUAAGAAUUUCAUGAAGCCUUCCCACCAGGAGUACCCACAUAGGAAUUUCCAGGAAGAAGUAGAGUUUCUUAAUGAAAUUUUCCCAAAUGGAGCAGCUUAUUGCAUGGGGCGUAUGAAUUCUGAUUGCUGGUACCUGUACACCCUGGAUUUCCCAGAGAGUCGGAUAUCCAAUCAGCCUGAUCAGACACUGGAAAUUCUGAUGAGUGAGCUUGACCCAGUAGUUAUGGACCAGUUCUACAUGAAAGAUGGUGUUACUGCAAAUGAUGUCACUCGUAUGAGUGGAAUUCGUGACCUGAUACCAGGUUCUGUUAUUGAUGCUACAAUGUUCAAUCCUUGUGGGUAUUCAAUGAAUGGGAUGAAAUCGGAUGGAACUUACUGGACUAUUCACAUCACUCCAGAACCAGAGUUUUCUUACGUUAGUUUUGAAACAAAUAUAAGUCAGACCUCUUAUGAUGAUCUGAUUAGAAAAGUUGUAGAGGUUUUCAAGCCAGGAAAAUUUGUGACAACUCUCUUUGUUAAUCAGAGCUCUAAAUGUCGUACAGUGUUCUCUUCUGCCCAGAAGAUUGAAGGGUUUAAACGUCUCGAUCACCAGAUUGCCCAAUUCAGUGAUUACAAUUUUGUUUUUACCAGUUUCACAAAAAAUCGCCAGCAACAGCACAGUUGAUUAAGAAUGAAGAAAAAGCGCAAAAAGAAAUCCCAUAUAGAAGGUGGUGGUUGCUUUCUAGUUAAUGAUUCAGGGGGCCACGCUUUCCACUCCCACCACCUUGUAGUUGUGGAAAGCCCUAGGUGUAAUCAUAGUAUAACCAUUUUGAAUUGUAUGCAUUAUUAUAUCAAGGAGUUAGAUAUCUUGCAUGAAUGCUCUCUUCUGUGUUUAGGUACUCUAUGCCACUCUUGCUGUGAAAUUGAAGUGCAUGUAGAAAAAUCUUACUGUAUGAAACUUCACAACACUUGUAAAAAUGAUUCAGGUAGAAUUGCACACAGUAUAGUUUUUCUCCAGGUAUCACCAAAAAUUCCCCACAGACAAGGCUUUCGUCCUCAUUAGGCUUUAGCCUCCACCUGCUCACUGGGGACAGUUCUCUCUUAAAUCGUCACUCUUUUUUCAUUUAUGUUGUGAUUUCAGUCUAAAACAGUUUUUGACAAACUUUUAUGAUUUCUAAUGAAACUGAUUCCUAACUAACAUGUCCAUGUUUGGAAAAAGUUCUUAAAACAGUUACAAAUUGUUUUGCUACUACAAGUGGUGGCUGAUUUAUUUUUUAAAUCAGACUGACUUUCCAUGCUCUAAUAAAGCUUAUAGGAAUUUGCUCAGCUGUACUGCAGCACUGGGCUAAUGCAUUGGUCUUUCACCUUUAGAAACUUGGGUCUCGGUACUAAUGCUGGUUAAAUUUCACCUUACCUUAAUGCCUCUUUAUCUGUCCACAUCCCUGAGUGUCAUACUGCUACACAAUGGCAGGGUUUGAAGAAGGUCCAAGGCUUGAUAGGGGAAAUGCUGAGUCAGGAUGUGAGUGCUUUGGUGUAGUUGUGUGACAGCUCUGCAAAGUGCAAGCUCAUUUUGGCACCAGAUAUUUUCUUUCCUAAUCACCAGUUAUGUCAGGCUAAGAGGCUGGUGCUUUCGGGUGCUGGCAGGUAGAUGUAAUGAAGGAGUGGGAUUUGCCAGUCUGGGUGUGUUGAUUGGUUUGGAUUACUCUCAGUAAAACCUGUGACCUACCACUUCUAACUGUAAAGAGUGUUUCUAAACUGGUCCAGUGUCACUUCAUUUUGUUGUUCAAAGCAAAGCUAAUGCCUCUAUCUUGUGACAGUCCUGUGACAUUGUUGUGCAUGUGACUUAUGUUGUAUUUGAGUGUUGUGACUUCAUCUGUUUUUUCCUCCUAACUACUAAGGUGAUUCCUCUUAUGGUGACUUGAGGGCAUUAAAGUGAAGGCAUAGAACAAGAACUGUCUGGGACACCUGGACAAAAGUGAAGUAGAAUGCUAUUCAUAGAGCAUGAAUAAGUGUAAUUCAAAGUCACUUUAAUGGGUAUUGACUAAAAUGCAGGCUUGAAAGAGCUGGCACACUUUCAGCUAUGUUUGCAAAUACUGGGAUUUUAACAGCUGUGAGACCAGCAUGUUCACUACAAAAUUGAGAUGAUUCCCCCCCCCCCCCCGUCCUAGUGAGGUUUUGACUCUUUCUGGUUUGACGCAAUGGUUUUUUGUUCCUUCCAUAUUUAUAAAUGAAGCACUUUUUUAGUGCUUCUAAACUAAAGUCUACUUGGUUAGAAAUCAAGUGGUUGGAACAUCUUGAUUUUUUUUGUUUGUUUGUUUAAAUAUAUUGUUGAUGUUCUUUACCAAUGUUAUCGAUUACAUGCUGUAAAUGGCACUAAUGCUUUUUGGUGUUAAUAUUGAGGACCAAUAUUUCAGUGGGGGGUUUUUUGUUUGGUGGUUUUUGUUUGGUUUUUUGGUUUUGGUUUGGUUUUUUUUUUUUUCUUAACAUUGUCCCAACUGACCUGACAUUUGUUGGCUUGAGGUCCUUUAAGUAGACUGAAGAUCCCUUUUCCAAUAAUACUGAAGUACACAUUUUACAGAUAGAAGCAUAAGCCUCAGCUAUAAAAAUGAAAGCUGUUGAAUGGAUUAUUGAACUGUGUAGGGUGAUCAGGAUGGGGGGAGUAUGGUGUUUAUAAUUUCUGUGGUGUUAGACUUUGAUCAUUUAAAAAUAUCUGUACCACAACUUAAUGCUUCAAUAAAAGUUCGCUUAAAUUGUUUGUAGUGAUGAUCCAGCAAUUCUACUCUUCAUGCUUCAUGCUUUUUGAUACCAGAUAGUUUAAUUCUGAAAUAAUCUGUGCUUGUCCUAAAUUACUUUAAAUUUACUUUGCCCUUGUAGCGGAUGCAUCUCAACUGUAACACAUCAGUAGUUUAAAAUGAGGCAGGAUGUCAAAGGAAGCCAAAUGAAAAUGAUGCUGUUAUUGAGGCUAAAAUUGUUUGCCUAAGUGAAUACCUAAAAACUUGAGAUUUUCUGUCUUCAUCUAACCUGUAUUUUUUUCUUCAACAUUAAACACUUAAAAUUCUUCUGAA